GGCCGCCAAUGCUUCCGAGCUCGCGCAAGAACCUCGCGCCAAGUCGCGCAUCCUCUUCGAUGUGACAGCCAGUCUGCUCCACGCACAAACAUGAAUGCCGCACGCGUCCUCUCCUUCGGGAUUUACGGUGUAAUCGCCGUAGUCAUCGCUUUCAUCUCCUUGCCUCACACCUGUGCCCUGCACACUAAAGGUGCCCUCCCUCUGGACUCAAUAACUUUCCAAAAGGUCAUUUCCAAUCAGAAAUUUGUGCUGGUGAGAUUCGAUACUCAGUAUCCAUACGGAGAAAAGCACGACGAGUUUAAGACGCUUGCGGCCAGUUCGGCCUCUGGCCCAGAUUUUGUUUUGGCAGAAGUUGGCAUAUCAGAGUACGGCGAAAAGGAGAACUUUGAUCUGGGAGAGAAGUACAAUGUGGACAAAGACAACUAUCCCAUAUUCCUGCUGUUCAGUAAUGGUGACCUGGAGCACCCCGUGCCCUACACAGGCCCGGUCAAAGUGGACAGCAUCCAGAGGUGGCUUCGGCAGCAGGGAGUGUGGAUUGGCCUGGCCGGCUGCUUACAGGCUUUUGAUCAGCUGGCCGCUGCCAUGUUGACCUCCUCUAACCCGGAGGACAAGCAAGCUGUGCUGGCAAGAGCCCAGGCGGAGCUGACCCAGGUGACAGGCGACCAGCGGUCAUCGGCAGAGCAGUACGUGAAAAUCAUGAGCAGAAUAGUGGAUCAGGGUGACGGCUUCCCCGGCAAAGAAACAGAGAGGAUCGGCCGUCUGCUCGAGAACGAGAAGAUGAGCCCUGCCAAGAAAGAGGAGCUGGAAAAACGACUCAAUAUCCUCAGCUCGUUCCAGGUGGCAGACACCAAGAAAGAUGAGCUCUAGCAGCAAAGACGGUGGGCACCGUGCGCUGACUGAACGUCUUACAGCCAAACUGUGAAGCCGGUGGGCCCCUGCGCGGGCUUUGGGGUGGGCACAAUACCAAAAUGAAAACCAUUCUCAACCAAAAUGAAACAUUAGCCCCCCAGCUAAUGUCAAUCUUGAUGGCACACGUCCACCCGCUCUGCCCCAACUCUCUCAUGGUUGCCUACAGCAUUUCAAUAAUCUUAUUUUACAAGUGAAUGUUGUCAAUGACAGUUCAACGUUCAGAUGCUUUGUUACAAAAAUGCCUUUGGGGGAUAUGGGGGGGGGGCUUUGAUCUCGAGGCACCAAAUAUUUUCAGAGUGUUCAAAUAAAUUACAAUGCUUUAAAAAAAUAAAUAAAUGACUGAACUUUACACCCCAAAAUAACAAAUGCAUGUUCCGUAUGU